AAUUCGGUACUGAACUGUGAUCAUAGAUCCAUCUGUGUAGAAUAGUGACAAAAUCAGGGGUAGUGAUUUCGGUCGGUUACGAACAGUCGUCAUUUACAAAAUAGUGUGGUGUCUUUUGUCUUAAGUUGUUUUAUUGUGGUUUGAAGAAAAGAACCUAAAACUUACGGGCCUUAGUAAAUAAGUGUAAAAACGUCUUAUCUUUUAGUUUCGUGCCUUCAUCUUUGUUCGCAAAGUGCAAAUAAAAUCCAAACAGAUGCUUUCAGCAUGUAAAUAAUUGUUGGUUUGGGUUGUUGUGACUGUCUGAAUAUAGGCGUAGAAGAGUUUAUUUAAAUUUUAUCUGUGUGCUGUACUAUGGAUUGAUUGAUGGCAUCAGCAAUAGACUCAGGAGUAGAUACGGGUAACGAUAGUAACGACAGUUCUGCCCAAGAAAAAAAUUUCAAAAUGGACUGUGAUAACCCUAGAACUCAAGCCCCAAUGCCAGUAAUAAAUCCAACAAAUCAGGCUUUAGAGGAGAAAAAGGAUCAGAGUCAGCCCCAAAGUUCAAAUGAAAUGCUCACUAAGGAUGACUCCGGUCCUGGGAUGUCACUGAUUCAUCUUCAAUCAUCCAAGCCUACUUGGUCCAUUCCUGUGGAGUCAGAACCCAAGACAAUACUGGAAUAUAAUACAGAAGACUUUUGCGAAAUAAAGAGAGUGUUUACAGUCGGUGGCCCAUUUGGUAUUGACUACGAGGAUCAUCCUUUGAUGACAAAACUCCGUCGAGGUCUUCCUUUCCGAUCCCGAUGCAUAAGAAACCGAGCCAUGGACAGCUAUGUCAGAAUAAGAGAUAUCACGAGAAUAUGUCGAGCUGUGUGCCACAACAACACAGAAGCUGUGAAGAAGUUGUUGGAGUCAGGGAUGAGUCCCAACUGCCAUGACAGCUACAAGCGCACACCCCUCCAUAUAGCCUCUUGUAUGGGCUACACCGACAUGGUCAAGUUGUUGCUAGACAAUGGAGCUGACCCGAACGCAAAGGACAGUAUCGGCAACACCCCUCUGCAUCUGGCUGCCUGUACCAACCAUGUGAGUGUGAUCACACUGCUGCUGAAGGCCGGUACACGUGUAUCGGAGCUGGACCGAGCCGGCCACUCUCCCCUCCGACUGGCCAUCACCAAGUUCAACCUUAUGGAGCGUUCCAUCAUGUCGCACCCUGUGCUCAAGAAACAAGUCUUUCAGGUGAUAUCAAUGCUCACCGAGUACAUGAAUCAGAAGAAGGGUGCAGAUCACAUUGACCCGGAUGUGCUCAACAAGUUCGAGGCCUUGGUGCGAAUAAGCGACUCCAACGAACAGGUGGAAAGCAACAUCCGAGACCUGCUGAACAACCUGAGUUCGCUGAGUCUGUCAGGCCCCUCGUAGACUGUGUAGUGUCGUCUACUCUAAACAAUGCCAGGAACAAAAUCUUCGUCGUAAAUUAGCUCAACAGAAUAAUUCAAAUUUGUCUUCCACGGAAUCAGUUGAAUUGCUUACAAUAAAGCUUAAAAAUAUCAAUGAUACUACCUUUUGGUUAUGAAAGAGCGCAAUUCAAUUUAAGAUGGAGGGAAGCCUAUAACUUCUGGGAUAAUAUAAGUGCAGUAAUAUUUACAAAAUUAAAUGCAGUUAAAACACACAAAAAGCAAUUUUUUCUUAUAUUAAACAAUCGAUGUGUAGCAAAUAACAAGAAUUAUUUGAAAGAGAAAGGAAAAAAGAAUCGGUUCUUCAUGUCCAACAAAACUGACAAUUACACUGAGUGUAAAAUACGAGCAGCGUGAUCCACUUUUUGAAUGUAAACGAGAUUGUCCAAUUGCAAUAAUCAAAGCUUUGUUUUUAGAACGGUGCGACAUCUGCAAUAAUAGACAUAAUUAUUAUUUGGUGCGGAAAAGUUAAUGCAAAUUUUGUUAAUAUUUUAACAAAAGACUGUUGCAUUUAGUAUAAAUGCAGCAAAUGAUGCAUUUAAACUAACAUUCAAACAAAAAAUACCAACUUCAAUCUUGGAAAUUAAACUCAAAGUUUUGUAGAAUUUGAAAUUUAGGUAGUACUAAACGGCAUACCACUUCCAAUUGUCUCUCAGAAGAUAUACCUUGAUUCACCCCUUAAAUUAAGCUUGAAUUUUUAUUGAUCUGAUUUGUUAUUCCAUAAACAGUAAGUAGGGGCAGUAAAAGAUUUAUUGCUCUAUGCUGAGAUGUAACAGUUAGAUUAACCUGCCAAUAGAUAUCUGACCUUGGGAAAUUUUUAACCACGCCUGUCCCUGCUUGUCAUCUGUGGAAUUAAACCUUUAAACAAAUUAUAGUAAUAAACAAUCAAGCUCGCUUUAAGGGUACAAUCGAGGAAUAUCUUCAGAGGGACAGUCAAUGUGUUUGCUGUGAUGUUUUUUUGUAAUUUUUGUGGUAUAUACAUUUAAAGUGACUACUUUUUUGAAAGGUAUACUGAAGAAUACUGAGAUAAAAAUAGGGAAAAUGCAAAAUUUUUAUAAAAUACAAUAUAAGUAUAGUAUUAAAAAAGGUAUAAUAAUAAUUUAAUUGGGUGUAAAAUUGUAAAAAAUGCUAUUUUUGUUUAAAAUUAGUUUACUUUAAGAACAAAACUAUUUUUAUUGUCAGAAACAACAUUUUAUUGUCCCAUAUUUUGGAAAGAGUACAAAAUUUGAUAUUGAUUGGUUGGAAAAUGAGCAUAAAAAUACAGUUACACAACAACCGCCUGUAUGACGAAACAGCUGGAGUGACGUGAUGCUACACAAUUACACGAUUUAUAAAGGAUGUAGAUGACUUGCACUACAAGACCGCGUAAAUAUUUGUAGAAAUGUCUUAAAGUAUAUGUUGGCGUAGAAAAAUCAUGAUUUCACGAUGUUUCUUGAUACACAUACAUUAAAAUUAAAAGCGGGCCACGGAUUGGGUUAUAAAUAGCCUGUUUGUCCUUAAAGGGUUUUUUAAUUCAUUGGGUGCAGAUAUGCAGUAGUGGAGUAAAUGUCAGACAUUACUUUUGAUGUAAAUACAUUCAAAUAUGUGACCAAAGAAAUACAGAGUUGCACACACUGUUGCUAAAUCAAAUCUCACAUUGGUCAGAAUUGUGAAUUUUGUCACUCAUUUUUAAAACUGUACUGUUCCAGAGCAGAGGUGCUAAGAUGCCUAGGGUGGGGGGGGGGGUGUAUAAAAGUACAGUAGGUCAAAAUGUUCUUUCAAUAUAAUAAUUGUGUGUAGCUAUUGUGUAUGUAAAAGUUGUAUGGCAGAGAAUAUUUCGUGUUCCCUAUUAGAUUGGUGCAGACUAUCUGUUUAAGGUGGCGCAAUAGACUUUGGGUGUGAAUGUUUUUGUUAUCAAGUCCAAAUAAAAAUGCCUGAAGAUAAAAAUUUUCAAUUUGUACAAGAGUUAGAGCUUCAGGAGUGACAUGUUUUUUUUUAUUUAUUUAUGGCUUAGAGAAGUGAUAUUUAGAUAUAAUUUUUUUUUAAAUAAUGUUUUUAGUAUUUUUUCUUAAUAAAAUAAAAAAUGUGUUAUUAAAAAUAACUUGUAAACCCUUGAAACUAUAAUUCUUGUAUAUAUUGUAACAAAUGUACACUUAUCUUCUGCUGGUUUUAUUUGGGCGUGAUUGCAAAAUUACUGAAACUUCAUAUAUUUAAUACCUAUAAUUUAUUUCAUGUGAUGUGAUAAAAUUCUAUACUUAUUCUGCAUUCAAGGAAGUUAUCUUAAACGGUCUAUGACUUUAACAUAACAAAUAUUUUGUAGACCCAAAAUUGAUUGCACCACCAAAUAAAUACAUGUUGGAGAUUGUCGUGGAGUUGUAAAUUUUCACCUUUACAGGGGAGUUUCUUUUUUCUCUCCUCAGCAUGCUACUAAGUGCAAGCACUCAUUCACAAAUUCGUGAAAAAUCUGUUCAAUACUAAAAAAGCUUACAUCACAUAAAACCUAUUUUUAUUAUUUGAUUAGUACAGAGUUUUUGUGGUAAAAUUGUUAACACAACCAAUAUUUUGUGCAUUGUAAUAUUUUGCAAACUUUAUGUAUUGUAAAACUUAUAUAUGAUUAUUUACAAAAUCACAAUAAUUUAGAUUUUAAUUGAUUUGUUAAAUAAUCUUGAUAAACAUAAAGAUUGUUUUAUAAUGAAAAAUAUUUAUAAUUGUCUUUAUUUCAACAAUUGGAACUAAAAAUGGGAAUCUGGAAAAUACAAAAAAGCCAUUGUUCACUGAUGUCUGUUAGAUCAUUUGUAUAUUAAAAGUAAAUAAUUAGUUAUUUAUGUUCUGUUUAUAACUUUACAAAGCUCAGUUUAUUUAUAAAUUUAUCUUUUGCCAUGUAUAUUUGUUUUAAGUUUUGUUGCAACUAUUACCAAGUACCUUAAUUUUUAUUAAAGUAGAUAUUACUAGGGUUGGCUAAUGGUUGGUUUUUAUAAUUCAAUAGAUUUUAUGUGUAUUUUUUAUUUAGUAUCUUGUGUGAAAUACUUGUGGAUUAAUAAAGAUGUUAAAAAUGA